GGGAUUGAGCCACAGAUAGGCUGAUUAAUAAGGGAAUAUCAUGGCGGCCAGUAGCUUGCUGUUUUGAUACAUAGGAUUAUAUUGUGCUACCAGUUUAAACACACAAACAACUGGCUGUAGUAAUAGGUAUUUAAGAAAUGGAUGAACACCCUGGUAACGCUGGUAGCGGCGGCAGUGGAACGUCCACUCCAAGACCACAAGGGAAUAUUAGUCUGCAAUCAGGGGGAAUUGGAGGACAGCAGGAUACAAGCACAGAACUGCCCCGUCCUCAACAGUACACCAUCCCAGGGAUCCUUCACUACAUUCAGCACGAGUGGGCCCGGUUCGAGAUGGAAAGGGCACACUGGGAAGUGGAAAGGGCCGAGUUACAGGCUAGGAUAGCCUUCUUACAAGGAGAAAGAAAGGGGCAAGAAAAUCUGAAGAAAGAUUUAGUAAGAAGAAUAAAAAUGUUAGAGUAUGCAUUAAAGCAAGAAAGAGCAAAAUUUCAUAAAUUAAAAUAUGGCACAGAGUUGAAUCAAGGUGAAUUAAAAAUGCCACCCUUUGAAGCAGAAGAAACCAAAGAGACUGAAAUCUCACCAGUACCUCAGAAUAGUCAGAUCACCUGGAAACAAGGCAGGCAAUUGUUAAGACAAUAUCUUCAAGAAGUAGGCUACACUGAUACAAUAUUAGAAGUACGGUCCCAAAGGGUGCGUUCUUUACUAGGGCUUUCUAGUUCGGAACAGAACGGUUCAGUGGAGACAAAAAAUCUGGAACAGAUCCUCAAUGGAGGUGAAGCACCAUCAUUGAAACAAAAGGGACAAGAAAUAAAAAGGAACUCAGGAGAUGUUCUUGAAACAUUUAAUUUUCUAGAAACAGCAGAUUACAGUGAUGAUGACGACGAAGAAGAUGGAGACCUAGUAGAGGAUGUUGUCGAAGGAAAAGAAAAGCACAGACCAAACAAGAAACACAAAAUUGGCAAUGAAGGCUUGGCUGCUGAUCUAACGGAUGACCCUGACACUGAAGAAGCUUUAAAGGAAUUUGAUUUUUUGGUGACAGCAGAAGAUGGAGAAGGUGCAGGUGAAGCCAGGAGUUCAGGGGAUGGGACUGAAUGGGAUAAAGAUGACCUGUCCCCAACUGCGGAGGUUUGGGAUGUAGACCAGGGACUAAUAAGUAAACUGAAGGAGCAGUACAAGAAGGAGCGGAAAGGGAAGAAAGGGGUGAAGCGUGUCAACAGGACAAAGCUACAGGAUAUGAUCGCUGAUUUAAGAGACGAAGAGCUGAUUAACCAGCCUAGGCCACCUGUUGUAAGAACAACUGAUAAUGAAGGUUCAAGAAUAGAAGAAGCUGAAUCAAUAACAUUUCCCUCUGGAGGAGGCAAAUCCUUUAUUAUGGGUGCUGAUGACGUGUUCGAAUGUGUACUUGGCCUUGGAGACCUGGCAGACCUGACUGUAAUGAAUGAUUCAGACUACAGUUAUGAUUUGCCACCAAACAAAGAUGCAUUUAGGAAGAUGUGGAAUCCUAAAUAUACACUACGUAGUCACUUUGAUGGAGUUCGAGCCAUAGCAUUUCAUCCGACAGAGCCUGUGCUGGUUACAGCCUCUGAGGACCACACACUAAAACUUUGGAACUUACAGAAAACAGUUACUGCCAAAAAGAGUGCCUCUUUAGAUGUGGAACCUGUUUAUACUUUCAGAGCUCAUAUUGGACCAGUGUUAUCUUUGGUUAUUACCUCUAAUGGUGAACAUUGUUUUAGCGGUGGAAUUGAUUCUAGUAUCCAGUGGUGGAACAUGCCUAGUCCUAAUGUAGAUCCCUAUGAUACAUAUGAUCCAAGUACGCUUGUUGGUACGUUGAAUGGUCACACAGAUGCAGUCUGGGGCCUUUCAUAUAGCAGCAUAAAGAAGCGUUUGUUAUCUUGUUCUGCAGAUGGAACAGUUAGGUUAUGGAAUCCUCCUGAAAAGUCACCUUGUUUAAGCACUUUUAAAGGGGACAAAGAACAUAGUAUUCCUACAUCAGUUGACUUUGUGUGCGAUCCUGCCCAUGCUGUAGCGUCUUUUAAUACUGGCAGCAUUUUUAUUUAUGAUCUAGAAACAUCACAGCCUGUAAUAGGACUCUCAUCACAAGUUGACAGUGGUUCUGCAUUAACUAAUCACAUUAACAAGGUGGUGAGCCAUCCCACACUUCCUAUUACUGUUACUGCUCAUGAAGACAGACAGAUCAAAUUUUUCGACAAUAAAACAGGUAAAAUUAUUCAUCAAAUGGUUGCUCAUUUGGAUGCUGUCACAAGUCUAGCUGUGGAUCCUAAUGGAAUCUACUUGAUGUCUGGAAGCCAUGACUGUUCUAUUCGUCUUUGGAAUUUAGACACUAAGACUUGUGUACAAGAAAUCACUGCCCACAGAAAGAAGUUGGAUGAAUCUAUUUUCGAUGUCGCUUUUCAUCCAUCAAAGGCGUACAUUGCCAGUGCAGGAGCUGAUGCACUUGCCAAAGUAUUUGUGUGACAUGCAUUACCAUGAACCUGCUCUAAAGCAGGUGAGCUUGGACAGGAGAGGGAGUGCUUCACUGCCAUACUUUAAUGACGUUACCUGUAAGACACUACAUCCAAGACGUUUGGUAAGAGGUGGAGCAGGCUAGUUCCUAAUGGUGGACUUUCUUGCAGAUCCUUGAAUAGCCAGGCUCUAAUUUAACUGUAAUUAGUGUAAUUUAAAAAGAAAAAGGAAAACAGUAUUUGUAGCCUUGACAGACAGAGCUUAUUUCUGUUUUGGUGUAUGUAAACAAAGCCUGGAGACUAGCCUUUAGGUCAUUUCUCCUCAGACUCUGCUUGCAUCCAAAGGGUUAGGAAUGUGGUUCUUCUAUAGUGGGAACAUGAGCUCCAAAAGUGGAUUUUUAUUUAUCUGUUACAUUAAGGUUACCAGUAACAGGCAUCACAUAUUCCUUUUUACUUAACAUUAAGGAGUUUUGAAAUAUUUUAACAGUAGUUUGUCAACUGUGAAUAAGCGGCAGUUUUUUAAAGACUUUUUAUAUAUUUAACCUAAGGCAGCAUGCUCUGAACUUGGGGAUGUUGCAUUGGCAUUAUGGAACCCUGAAUAUAAUGGUCUCAUUGACCCACUGAAGUGUAUCCACAGUCUUCCCUUGUUAACCUAAAGCAGCCAACUCAAGUCCCCUUUCACACGUAUGCUACUUUACUGUCACCAUGAAAGUGUCUUAUUAAAUCAUUAAGGACUGUAAAGAAAGUGUGUUAAAGAGAAACACAUAGGGUCCAGCACCCGCAAUGAACUUUUAAAAUAAAUUGCAGCAUCCUAUCACUGUGUGAUAUUUUGUACAUCUUACUGUAUUUACAAGUUUAUUUAUCAAAAGUUACCCAUCUUAAUGCUAUUGGCCUAUUGUUAUUUAUUUCACUUUUUGUUUGUCUUUCUAAUUUUUAUAUAUAUUGUAUGUCAACAGGCCCUGGGUUUCCCCAGAACCUGUUGCAUCAGGGCAGAGAUCUAGAAAAGAGCAGACACUGGGUAAAAAAUGGACUGUAUAUUUUGCAGUUAACCCAUUAGACAUUGUAUUUUUUUAUUGGUUGGGGGAGUGGUGGUAACCCAAACAAGCCAAAGGUUUUGCUUUUAUCAUCUGGAAAUAGUAGUGGUUUUAUUAAGGGCAUUGCAGGUAAGAUUCAAAAUAUAGGAAAAUCAAGACAUGGAAAGCCUGUGUGUCUGUUUUAACAUUUCCCUGCCUGAACAUUUCAAACAUGCUUCAGUUUAUGGUGUUACUAAGGAUUUUGUUUGUGUCGUGCAUGAUUAAUACAAUAAAGUAUUUUUUCUAGUCUUCCACAAAAAGGUUUCUGAUCAGUUCGCAGGUUUUGAUGAGUUUUUGUAAGUUUUUUGUUUUGUUUUACAGAAUAUGAAUCAGUAAAUUUUUAAGAUUGUACCAUUUAGAAAAAGUACAGCUAUUGAAAAGCGUUGUAUAUAAAAUGCAUAUAAUAAAUAUUAAAUGGUGUAACUGUA